AGUAGGUGUCCUGACCCGCGCCGCGGGACGGAAAGCGGAAAGUUUUUCAGUCGCUUCUGCGUUGUCGGGCGUGAAUGUAGCGCUCUGCGAGACCGCGCUUCUUCGUUCUCUCACCUUUUAUCGAUGUCAAAUCAGAUUCAGAGUUAAUUAAUUCGCGCCGGUGUUUCCCGCGGAUUUUGAGCCGGGAUUCGGAUUUCGUCACGAGACCGGAUCGGUGUGAGUGCGUGGAUUUCCAUGUGUGUGUGUUUUCUAACCUAACUUCCACCAAAACACCCGUGCGUGUGUGUUGUUUACACUUUCGACGGAUUCGCACAUCCGCUUUGAAAUUUUGAUUAGUCGCGAAGAUUAUUCGGUCUGAAUUAGCUUGCGAUUGUUUUUCGCGGAUCGGGCGACGUGCCGAUCGCAUCUGUGCGAAAAUCAUCACGGUUCAGUGUUUGGGAUCGCUUUCUUUUGCUGGUGUUAUGUGACAGUGUAGCAGAGUCCUCCCCCCUUACCUUUUUGGUUUUGAUAUUUAUUCAAAGUCUCCGGUUUAUGAUUCGGUGAAAUGGGGCGCUUUUAUUUUUGUCACAUCAAAAGUUCAGUGUGUUUCCUGCAAAAAUUGGUACUGUUCGUUGUCUUGUUUACCUGCGUAAGGAAUGGCAGUGGAAACCACACAACUGAAGCUGUGGAGAGCGGCUCGGCGGCGGCGGCGGCCGGAGCGGGGGUGGGGGUAGGUUUGGGGGGCAGCGGGAGCAGUGCGUGCCCCCUCCGGCAGAUGCAGUGCGGCAACGGGUUCUGCGUGCCCCUCACGUGGAUGUGCGACGGCGAGGACGACUGCGGAGACAACACGGACGAGACUUCGCCCGAAUGCUCAAAACUGAGGACGUGCUCAAGCAAUGAAUUCGCCUGCGCAGACAAACGAUGCAUUCCGAAACACUGGGUUUGCGAUAUGGAGAACGACUGCAGUGACUUCUCUGACGAAAGACCUGGACUAUGUCAGGCCAAAGUGUGCGGCGUGGACGAGUUCACGUGUCGCUCGACGCCAGGCGAGUGCAUCCCCCUCACGUGGAUGUGCGAUGAUAACCCCGACUGCUCCGACGGCUCCGACGAGAAGAACUGCAACGAGACGUGUCGCUCGGACCAGUUCACGUGCGGAAACGGACGGUGCAUCCACAAGCAGUGGGUCUGCGACCACGACGACGACUGCGGGGACAAAUCGGACGAGGCCAACUGCCCGGUCAACACCUGCGACCCCGUCACCGAGUUCCGCUGCUCCGACGGCUACUGCAUCUCCGCCAAGUGGAGGUGCGACGACGAUAGCGAUUGCAGCGACGGCUCCGAUGAAAAGGAUUGCGGCGGGAAGCGGUGGAAGGCGCGCGUGUGCCCGUCCCACGAGUUCAACUGCGAGGACGGUCUGUUGUGCAUCAAGCAGUCGUGGGUGUGUGACGGGGACGCCGACUGCGGCGACGGCUCGGACGAGAGCCCGACGCUCUGCCGCAAUUCCACCUGCCGCCCCGACCAGUUCCAGUGCCACAACAAGCAGUGCAUCGCCGGACACUUCCAGUGCUCCGGCAAGUUCGAGUGCGACGACGGCAGCGACGAACUCAACUGCGGUACGAGGAAACCUGCAUGUAAGGAGGGUGAAGAAUUUGACUGUGGAGGCAACAUAUGCAUUCCAUGGUCGAAAGUCUGUGACAAACAGCCUGAUUGCCCAGGUUGGGAGGAUGAGGACAAAUCUAAAUGUGGAAUCAAUGAAUGUCUGGUCAACAACGGAGGUUGUUCUCAAACUUGUGUAGACACAGCCAUCGGCUAUCAUUGCAGCUGUCGUGUUGGUUACAAACUACUUGAUAAUGUGACUUGUGUUGAUAUUAAUGAAUGUGAGAUUCCCGGCUCCUGUUCGCAAAUUUGUAUCAAUGAAAAAGGCACAUACAAAUGCGAGUGUCACCCUGGUUACUUGCGAGACCCUCACGAUCACACACGGUGUAAAGCUGCUGAAGGACACGCAUCACUCUUGUUUGCGAGGAGACAUGAUAUCCGUAAAAUAUCAAUGGAUCACCAUGAAAUGACCGUCAUAGUCAAUAAUACAAAGUUAGCCACCGCUUUGGACUACGUCUUUCGAACUGGGAUGAUAUUUUGGAGUGACCAGUCAACCAAUACCAUCUACAAAGCACCUAUCGACGAAGGCUCAGAGAAAAGCAUUGUCAUUCAAGAUGAAAGGACAACAUCUGAUGGACUCGCUGUUGACUGGAUCUACAACCACAUUUAUUGGACGGACAGUCAGAGGAACACAAUUGAGUUGUCUAAUUUUGAAGGAAAUAUGAGGAAGACUCUUUUCAAACAUGACCUCGGAGAGCCAAGAGCUAUUGCUUUGAAUCCCAUUGAUGGUUGGAUGUUUUGGACCGACUGGGGCAAUAAGCCGAAAAUUGAACGGGGAGGAAUGGAUGGUUCCCAACGACAAGUCAUCGUGUAUGAGGUCCAGUGGGCAAAUGGAUUAACUCUUGACUUACUAGACAAAAAAAUAUACUGGGUUGACGCCAAGUUGAACACCAUCUCCUCUUGUAACUACAAUGGAUCUGGACGUCGUCUUAUUCUCUACUCGCCAGAUGUGCUCAAACAUCCAUUCGCAAUAACGACUUUCGAAGAUUGGCUGUUCUGGACCGACUGGGACAAGGCUGCUAUUUACAAGGCCAACAAAUUUACUGGAAGUAACAUCACAUCUGUUGCUGCAGAACACAUGCUCCACAAGCCAAUGGUGGUCCAUGUUUAUCAUCCGUACAGACAACCUGAUGGAGUCAAUCAUUGUGCCCCAGUAAAUGGUCACUGCUCACAUUUAUGCCUUCCUGCCCCUCAGAUCAAUGCUCAGUCAUCAAAAAUAUCUUGUGCAUGUCCAGAUCAACUUACAUUAAUGAGUGACGGGCUCAUGUGUGCUGAAAAAAUGGAUAAUCACACAGAGACCAGAAAUCAUGUGGAAAUAGCUCAACGAGAAUCAGAUGGAGGAAUGUUUGCGAUUUCUGUUAUGAUUAUAUCACUGCUAAUGGUGCUCUUUGCCGGAGUUGCUGCUUUCAUUCUUUAUCGGCAGUACAUAAGGAGGAAUAUGACUAGUAUGAACUUUGAUAAUCCAGUCUACAGGAAGACAACGGAAGAUCACUUUUCUCUAGAGAAGAAUCAGUAUCCACCAGCUAGAGUGUAUCCGUCUCUGGCAGAAGAAGUAAUUGCGCUCAGGAACCUCUGACAAGUCCAGGAACGAACGAAUAUGUAUAAAAGGAAAAUUCUACUCAACAACCAUGAUGGACUGAUUUUGAAACCUAGUCAUUUAUUAUUUUUCUAUCCUUCUUCCAUUCUCAAUGUCUCCUAGCCAAAGAAUAGUCGCUAAUUUUUUUAUUGUCUCAACGUAUUUUGUAAAUUUUUUACAUUCGACUCCUCAUUGUGUCUGUUAUUCCGUUUUCAUUUUGUUUUUCAUUCGCUGAAAGAGUUAUUUUUAUAAGCCUUUGUUCUAGUGUUUACCUUAAUUUUUAUUCCUCCAAAGCCAGUUCUUUGUGCUGAUUCUGAAUCAAUAUUAGUCUCUAUUACUUACGCUGUUCACUACUCAUUUGUCGACUCAAUCUCUCGAAUUAGCUGAACAGCAGGAUCGAUUUUAAAAUUCAAGCAGAUAGCAUCAAUUGUAUUAAGUUUUUGCUAAGACAAAACACCUGAAAAGUGCAAAGAGGUAUGAUCAUUUCAAUUCUGUUAAAAUGUGUAUAUUUACAUCGUCAAAUAAAGACAGCCUACGUUGUUGAAUAAUUUUCAAUUUAAAUCAGUGAUUAGAAACCAGCUUUGGAGUGAAUUAAAAAUUAGGCAUGCUCAUUGUUUCUGAAGUUUGUAAGGAGAGUAACUCCGAGGAAUUUCCAAGUUCGUGUGAAUUUUCUCUCAAAAAUUGUUUUGAUUGUAGACUCGGAUAGGUUGCUAAAACCCAUUCUGCUGUUCUAAGGAAAAACGUUUUAAGAGCACUCACAUAUUGAUAAAUUUCCCCAACAAAUUAUUUAUUUUCGAGGAAAGUCUUGCACAUAUUUCCUUGAAGUUCUCAGAUAUUUUAGAUUAAAUUGCAAAGGACAUUUUCUGAGGAACUGGAAGAAAAAUAGUCAGAAUUUUCCCAGUAAAUUUAUUUUUUGUCACAGGAAAUUUGACUACUUCCUAAGGCUCACACGGCGUUUUUCCUUAGUAUUACAAUCACAAAAUUCUGUACAUCGCUAAAAAAUGCUGGUUAUGAGUAAACCUGAUUUUUUAGUUCACUCUCCGUUCUCUUCAUAAGAGACUUAUUUCUUUCAUGGCACCAUGAAUCCCACCAGUGUCUUUCACUAAGAUCAGCCAUCAGUUUAUAUAAGAUCUUUAAAAAUAAUGAGUCUUUUUACAAGGAUGUUUAUGGAUUGUAGGUCAAGGGUUUUAUGAAUUUUGUCGGUCAUAUUCUCCGUAAGAUUCUUAUGAUAAUUAAUCCAGUCGUACCUAAUGGUGCCAUGCCUGAGUCAUGGAAGUCCUAACUUUUACCAUGCUCUCUGGUAAAAUGCAAUCUCAAUUCUUUAACUCUUUAUAUUCAUCUCUUUCAUGUCUCAUUUUUUGAAGGGUGUGGAUAUCGUUAAUAGGUGUGGUGUAGCAUCGUAUUAAAAACCUUUUUCCAGCAUUUUAAGCAAAGCUUUUAUAGUUCUUGCGAUGAUUUCUCGAAUUUUAUGAUGUCCGUAAAUGUCGGUAAGAUUCUUUUAAAUCUGGCAGUUGUUGUAUUUUGCAUAUUCUGUUACCAUUAGAUUUAUUUUUAUUGAGAGCCUUAUCUGUCUCAUUGACUUAUCGUAUUAAAUAUUGGCUUUUAAUGACCGGAA